CUAGUCAGUUUAUUCAGUACACAAUGAAAGGGAUUAAAGCGACCAGCAGAGAAACGCACGGUAACUGAACACCAAGCACAGGAAAACCCUGGGACUGGUUUGAGGAGAGACAGAGGGAGAGCAGAGAUCUCUCUUUUGGAUGGUAUGAUGGCAAAGUGAGAACCUAAAUCUCUCAGUUCAUUAAAGCAAUGCACUCGAACGUGAAAGAGUUUUAAUUUCUCACUGAGAUGGAACUACACCAUGCUCUGCAGCUUUCUGUCUAGCAGCUGCUUUGUAUGUAGUACAGCUGUGCAUGUGAAAAUUGCACAGUUGCCUUGCUGAAGUAAGAGAAGUGAUCCGCAAAACAACAACAACUGGAAAUAUAAACACAGCAAGACAAAAACCAAUGCCGACCUCUUUAGUGGCUUUGAUGACUUUUUUUUUAAAAAAGUCAAAUUAAAAAUAAAAUCGAUCUGAUCCUGGUGUGCACUCCCGACUCGAGUGGGGUUGAGGAGUGAGUUUCACGCAUUGCUGAUGUCUCCCUGCCGUCUCGCACUGUGGAACUUUAAUAAAGACCGCUGUCCGCGGGUGGCUCGCAGAGGCGCGCGCCGUGGAAACCCCACGCCCUCACUGGGCUCGACUUCAUAGUGGAAAUCAAAGUUGGCUUCCGUUGAAACGCAGAUUUAUAGUCACUGCGGCAGCGGAUUGCACUGCCGUGUGGAAAGUUAUAAACAUUUUUGGAUACUGAUGCAACACGGGAGGGCCAAUGAAUAAUUUGCUCAGCUUGGAAGCCGUGGUUUCACCGCUACUGUCGAAACCCGCAAGCCAAUACCGAAGAAAGCAUUAGCAUAGAGUAUAAGAAAACCUGUGAUCGUUGGAAUUCACAUGUAUGGUUAACGGGCUUGGAAAUAACUACCCCGUGCUUCCCUCAAAAUAAUCACUCACGUCUUACUACUGCAUUGCCAUAAACUAUUUCAUUAUUCAAAAACACGUUUACGGACGAGAAGGUCGCUUGAUAUGAUUAUAUUACGGUAUUGUGGAUUUACUACAAUGGCUACGAUGCGCAUCCGAAGACUUUCCCGUGGAACUGUCUUGCUGUCUGUCACUGCGCUCAUAGCCACGGUUGCAAGCCAGGUUCUACCCACCAGCUCUGAGCCCCUUUUGGGUUCCACCACCUCCACCACCACUUAUGGCCAACCUGCUGUGUACCUGCCGGUCACCUUCAAGCUCUCCAAUGCCCAACAAGCCUUCUUCCUCCAGGAAACUAAACAGCAGUCCCACAGCAACCAGAGUGGACAUCCUCUACAGCGCACCGAAAGUUUUGUGGUUUUCCAGACCAAAGAGCUUCCCAUGGUCAAUGUCUCCUUUGGUCCUUACAACCAAGACCAAACCCUACCCAAGGACCUCCUUCAGCCCUCAAGCCCGCUGGAUAUCCCUGGUCGUGUGACUGUCAACUGGAAGGUCCGUGCCUUCAUCGUGCAACCUAGAGUGUUUUCCAGCACCCCUCUGGUCCAGGUUCUCUUCUACAUCGCAGGUCGAGACUGGGAUGACUUUGAGGUGGUGGAGAAACUACCUUGCGUCCGUCUGCAUGCUUUCAGGGACGUCCGGGAGAUCAAGACCUCCUGUAGGCUAACGGGCAGUCUGGCCCAGUGUCUAGCCCAGCUGGAACUCCCUCCAAACUGGUUCAACACCAAUGUGGCCCCUCUGGGUCGUAGGAAAGGCACGGAGGGCUUGGAGAUGAGUGGAGAGACUCUUCAGGCAGAACUUUACUACACCGUCCACGAGCCUGACGGCAAUGGCGAAUGUGGAGAGAACUCGCCCAGACGAGGAGGAAGCGCCAGGGGGGAACUUCCGACACAGCAUCCAUUGCUACGCAUCGGAAGUAUAAGCCUAUACCAGCCCAAUCAGGAGCAGAUGAUGGUGGAGAAGCAGCUGGACAAUAACAUCUUUGUGAGGCUGCCCGAGAAGCCUCUAAAGCCGGGGGAGAUCCUCAGCAUCUACCUGUUCCUGGUACCUAACUCUACCGUGGAGGAGUUUACGCUCAAGUAG